CAAAACAAAGACGAAAUUUGUGUUUUGUGUUUAAUUAAAAUACUAUAUAAACGAGCAAAGCAAAGUGUGAUAUAAAUAAAUUUGUAUUAGAUAUUUGACCUUGGGGCUUGGUGCAUGAUGUCAAGCCCAAAUAUUAAUUAUCGCUCCCUGGACGAGGAGCUGACAAAUCCAUUUCGUACAGCAGCAAAUGUAGAGGCUAACCAAGCAAAAGAAACAAAAACAACAACAGCAGCGGACGACGACGAGAACGCAAAAUCAUUGUUCACAGCUGCUGCGCAUUUAGACCUCACCGAUCCUCCCCUGCAGCAACAGCAACAACACCACCACCACCAGCAACAUCAGCACGAUGAGCAGGAACAUGAAAUGGACACGCCACAUACGAGUGGCAUUAUGAUUCACAUUGUUCCAGAGACGAGUAAGGCUCGAUGGAAUCAUAUUGAAGAUUUGGAUUCAUUUUUCUCCCGCAUGUACACUUAUCAGCAAAAGCAUGGAUUUCAAGUGAUUGUACUAGAUGAAGUAUUGCAAGUGCUGGAAUUUGCAUUUGUCAUCUGGUUGUUAACAUUCACGAUGCACUGCAUCCACUAUGACAUCCUAUUUGGCGAUAAGUAUCCAAAUAAGACUACACCUUCGGCUAAGACUACACUUUCGGAUGUGAUCAAACCGGCGGGAGAGUGUAUUGAUGAUAUUGGUAUUUUUACCUUUAUCAUUAUAUUUAUGGCGGCCAUCUAUUUGGGCAUACGCCUGCUCAGGACUAUAUAUCAUAUAAUACACUAUGCGGAUAUUAAGAAAUUCUAUAACACUGCCUUGGGCAUCGAGGAUGCCGAACUAGAUAACAUUACCUGGCAUGAGGUGCAGCAAAAGACCCGCAAGGUACAGGCCGAGCAGCAUAUGUGCAUUGAUAAGGAAUCCCUUACCGAAUUGGAUAUCUAUCAUCGGGUGUUGAGAUUCAAGAAUUAUUUGGUUGCUCUAAUGAAUAAGCAAUUGCUGCCAGUGCGUUAUAAUCUACCAUUUCUUGGAGAGAUUUGUUCCCUAAGUCGUGGCAUGCUCUUCAAUAUUGAAUUUAUACUCUUUCGCGGUCCUGGCUCACCAUUUCAAAACAAUUGGCAAUUGCGCGAUGAAUUUGCCGUGAGGAGCAAUCAAACGGACUUGGCGCAAAGGCUAUCCAAGUUGAUAUUGGGCGUGGCCUUGGUGAAUUUACUAUUGGCUCCGGUAAUCUUUUUUUGGCAAUUGAUCUAUUUUAGUUUCUCAUAUGCCAACAUCUUAAGGAAAGAGCCAAGUGCUUUGGGUCUGCGUACAUGGUCGAAUUAUGGACGUCUGUAUUUGAGGCAUUUCAAUGAGCUGGACCAUGAAUUGGAUGCCAGAUUGAAUCGUGCCUAUGAGUAUGCCGAUCGUUAUCUAAGUUCAUUUUCAUCACCUCUAGGCGCGGUGAUAGCCAAAAAUUUACUCUUCAUAAGUGGUGGAUUACUGUUGCUAAUCUUGGGUUUUGGCAUUUACGAGGAACAUGUCUUCCAGGUGGAACAUAUGUUGACCAUCAUGGCCGUGCUAACGGUAAUUGGUGUCGUCUGUCGCACCAUGAUACCAGAUGAGAAUUUAAUUUGGUGCCCCGAACAGCUAAUGACUGCCAUUUUGGCUCAUGUUCACUACCUGCCCAAUGAAUGGCGAUCCCAGGCACACACGGCACGGGUACGCAACGAAUUUAGCAAUUUCUUUCAAUUCAAAGCUGGCUACCUGUUGAGUGAAAUCUUUAGUCCAUUUGUGACACCGUUCGUCCUUAUCUUUGUCUUUCGUCCCAAGGCCAUGGAAAUUGUAAAAUUCUUUCGCACAUUUACAGUGUCGGUGCGUGGCGUUGGUAAUGUCUGUUCAUUUGCCCAGAUGGAUGUGCGCAGACAUGGUAAUCCCGACUGGCAGAUCGGCCAGAGUGGCCAAAUGGAGCCACCACCACCACCACAUGGACCCAACACUGUGCAAUUGCCCCAAAGCCUGGUGGGUGGCAAAACGGAAAUGUCUCUGGUAAGAUUCACACUCAAUAAUCCGGAAUGGCAAAUGCCCAAAGAAGCUAGCCAAUUUAUUAAGGGCAUACGAGUCCAUGCCAUGGGUGAAUUGGUCAGAGCGAAAACUACCAAUAUUAAUCAACCAGCAGAGAAUCCUCUGACCCAUAGUCUGAUCUCAUUUGGCACCAUUGGCGAGGAGUAUUGUUCGAUAGCCAAUUCAGUGCUUGCAGCUCAGUUGAGUCCUGCUCAGCUGGAGUUAUCCCAAUCAUUUCAACCUCAACCAGCUGCUGCUGCCGCUGCUGCUGCUGCUGGUGCUGGUGCCAUUGGCAGUGAUUUCCGUCAAAUGCUGCAACAGAAUCUAUCUGCCAGUGUGGGACCAUUGGAUAGCAUGCGACGUUUGCGUCUCAGUCGUGCCGAAGGACGACUCGAGGGACCCGGUGACACACUACUCUAUAAUCUAUAUGGUGUAGAGCCACGACUGGCCAAGAAUCCCAUGGGUGUGGGUGUGGCUGAUAUGUGCCUCAGUGCUCUGUAUUUGCACGAGUUGAGCGAUCAAAAGCGAAAGGCACGCCAAUCCCGUAUCGAUGAACAUAUCGAGCCAGAUGAUCAACAACAACAACAGCAACCCGGUCCACGACCGGGUUCUAGUAGAGGCUAUAGAGGACCACCUGGACCACCUGGACCGCCGCCGGCAUCAAGCUCCUCAAGCACCCGCCAUAACGUGAUUACCUCAAAGGCUGCCGAGAGCACCCCGUUGCUAAUGGGUAGCAUACGUUCAUAGCAGCGACCCGUUUGGAUAUAAUAUCUAAGAACAAUUACAAAGAUUACACUUACACACCUACACACACACACACACACACACACACAGACACAAUGCUGUUAAGAUUAAGAAACAUUUAAAAAUUAUGUCGAUAUGAAUGGAUAUGUCUAGUACAUAACUACGAAAAAAAAAACAAAAAACUAUUACUAAAAUCCAAAAAAAAAAAAACAAUUUACUAAACUUAAAUACAAAAGCAAUAAAUUUUCAUGAAAAACGAUAAAUGAAAUAAAAUGUUGUUAAGAUGGGGGAACAAAAAAAAAAAAACGAAAUAUGUUGUAAAUCCUCUCCCUAAAUAAGUAGGAUCUUCUUUAGCUUAAUUCCUAAAUAAUAAAUAACAUUUGAACAAUAA